GUGGAUUGCUGUAUAAGUGGAAUGCGCUUUUGUAUAAAUAAACAAAACAAACAAUUUUGUUGCAGAUAUCUAGAGCUGGCAAAGAUCCUUUUACUGUCUGAAAAGCAAGGGCUGAUGGAUAACAUAUCUCUUCAGGCUGAUGAGGUGCAAGCACUCUCCUCCAUUUAUGAGCAAGAGUGGAAAGUGGUCAGUGAGUCUUCCAGAAUAUAUUCUGUCUCCAUUGUGCAUGGAGGCAAAAGCAUUACUCUUGAGAUGACACUGACCCCUGGCUACCCAUCCGAGUCGCCGCCGCAGUACGAGCUACUGGCGCCGUGGCUGCGCGGCGACCUCAGGAACACGCUGGCCGCCCACCUCGAUGGCAUUUACUGUGAUAACAUUGGUUCUAGCAUAUUGUACCUGUGGAUCGAGCGUGUUCGAGAGUUUCUGGAGGAGCUCCAAGAAACGGCGCCUGAUAUUGAGGAGAGUGUCUCCUCGGCGGCUGUGUCUCCCCCGCCCACCAUCGAGGCGGACCUGUCACCGUGCCCGGAGAUCAUCCAUGGCGAGUGUAUUGUGGACCGGAAGAGCGUGUUCCAGGCGCACUGUGCGCCCGUCGUCACCGUCCAACAGGUCCAUCAGGUGAUAGCCAGUCUCAAGGAGUGCAGGAAGAUUGCCUCGGCCACACACAACAUGUGGGCGUACCGCAUACAGGGCGCGGCCAGCGGCGCAUUCCUGCAGGACUGCGACGACGACGGCGAGACGCACGCCGGCGGACGGAUGCUGCACCUGCUGGAGAUUGUCGGCGUUCAGAACUGGGUGGUUGUGGUCACUCGAUGGUAUGGCGGCAUACAGCUGGGACCCGACCGAUUCCGGCAUAUCAAUAACGCCACACGAAACGUGCUGCAGCUCAGUGGCGCCAUCUCGCCGCCAGAUGAAAAGAAGAAACGCAAAACAUGACGACAGAUGGCAGAAUGAAGUGCACACUGCGUGCGCCGUGCAUCCAAUGACCUUAACUGUGAUUUGAGAGCUGACUUAUGUGGGGUGUUUUGUGCGUGUUUUGUACUGAAAUGUGAAAUAGUAUCCACGUGUUGGGUACGAGUUAUCUUUGCAUCUUUGUGGCACAUCGAUGGUUUUAAUCGUUUGAUAACGUGCAUAGGUGGGCACGAUCCGUUCCUCCGUUCCUCCGUUCCGGAACGCCGUUACAAUUUUUAGGAACGGAGGAACGGACUCGUUACAUUUUAAAAAGGGUAACGGACCAAGUAACUUCCGUUACAUUGGUUUUUCGUUCCUCCGUUACAAGUUAACAGUUUAGUCCGUUCCUUCGUUCCUCCGUUACUUUUCGUUGUCCGAGCGGGUUGAUCUUUCAGCUAACCCACAGACAUUAAUGCAGCAGCGGAAUAGUGGAUUAUUGAGCAGCCCUGACUUGAAGACGGAAGAUGGCCUCAGUGUACAGUGUACUGGCCUUCCGCAAUGAGCCGGCGUUGCAGUAUGUGUUCGCAAAGUUCAACACGGGCGUCCCUUCAAGCGCCUCAGUAGAGCGCAUGUUCUCAAUGGGAAAAGAUGUGCUACGUGCAAAAAGGGCUACCCUCUCAGAAAGUGGCAGCGGAACAUCUUCAAUUAAGGGAGAGGGGGGGGGGGCACUGCCGACUUUUUGUCCCAUUCUUUCCAUGCAACGCACAUAGGGCUAAUGUUAAAAUGCCAAAAUCAAAGGGGGCACGGUGCGCCGGUGCCCCCCCCCCCCCCCCCGUUCCGCCGCCUAUGCUCUCAGAUGCCAACCUGGAACGUCUAGUGUUCGUGAAGUGCAACCGGCAUCUGGCAGGGAACAAGUGAUGCGCAUCAGUACCACCAGACGUUUCAAGGUUUAGUGUCCAAUCAGUGCCCACUGUCUUGGUAGAUUUGGUGGGCAUUCCGCUUUCUCGGGGUUUAGUUUGUGUCAGAAUGGUCUCAAAAAUGUUUGAAAUACCCAACAUUUUAACGUUUUUUAUUUUGCUGUAACGGAGUAACGGACUAAAAGAACUUCCGUUACAUUAUAUACAGAGGAACGGAGGAACGAGUAACGGAAGUCACGUUUUGAGGGAACGGAGGAACGAGUAACGAAGUUACAAUUUUGGGGAACGGUGCCCACCUAUGAUAACGUGACAAACGCCGUCGACUACAUCAAAUAAUACCGUUUUUGUGUCCGUCAGCGCCGUGCAGUGCAAGGUUAUUGUGCAUGGUACAGAGGUGAACUGUCUGCCCCCAACGGAUAACGACGUGGUUCUGUGAAUAAACCAUACUGGAUCACGGAA